AUGGAGAGCUGCCGGGCGCUGGCACUCUGCGCCGUGGCGGCCGCGCUGCUGCUCAGCGCCCGCGGGCAGGGGCCGCCCGCUCCGCGCCGCGACCGCGACCUCGGGCCGCACGGCGGCGGCGGCGGCGGCGCGUCCCGAGAGAAGGAGCUGAUCGAGGCGCUGCAGGAGGUGCUGGAGAAGCUGAAGAGCAAGCGGGUGCCGCACUACGAGAAAAAGUUCGGGCAGGUGCCGAUGUGCGACGCCGGAGAGCAGUGCGCCGUGAGGAAGGGGGCCCGCAUCGGGAAGCUCUGCGACUGCCCGCGGGGCACAUCGUGCAACUCCUUCCUUCUCAAGUGCCUGUGAGCGGCAGCACCGGCGCGGGGCAGCGUCCGCCCGCCCGACACCGCACAGACAUCCGACACCCGUGGAGCCAUUCUCCCUCCUGCCCUCUCCCCGGCCCUCUUUCCCCGUUUGGUUUUCGU